ACGGGAGCGUGUAGGAGCCUUCUGCCCUCCCGUAGCUCUCGUGACACUUUCCCCGCAGCCCCCUCCCCGCUGACAAGCAUGUGCCGCUCUGCUAUGAAACGGGAGAGACUCCCCGAAGUCUCACUCGCCUCUUGCAAAUAAGUGCAAGAACAACGCCUUGAGGGAUAAAGCCUCCGCCGGCGGAAUUAACGCAUCGCAGAUUGCUCAUUGGGUAUCACGAGUCCCUCCAGCGGCUCUGCCUUCCCCGCAGCCUCCUCCACCCAUUCAUCCCCGCUCCUGGCGGCAGAACCAGCUGCUCUCCUGCUCUGCGCGAGGUCCCGGUGCCGCUAUUUAAACGCAGCCCCAGUCGCGGCGCCCGGCGCCUAGCGGAGUGCCUGCCUGCGCUCUGCAGCCGAGGGCUCUGCCGCUUUAAGCCAUGUGAUACUUUCCCGAGCGGGGAUGUAUUGAAAUAGGCUCCGGUACUUAGAGCAUCGUAUAGCCGUGCGCGUACCGCUGCCUCGCUCGGCACUGCCCGCGCCGGGGGAGGCUGCUCUGCUCCUAAAACACUAACUGCUCCUCGUCCUUAACUAGCCUGGAAGCUGCACGUUACCUCAAGAUCGCUUCGAAGGUCUCAUCGAGCAGAAGGUGAUGCUAGGAGAUGAUUUAAAGGUGAAAAUGAGAAGGUUUCCACCCCUCAAUCCUUGGCCACUUUUCUGACGGCAGUCUGAGAGCUCAGAUGUCUUCUUUACUCUGGAAACAGGAUUUGUAACGAAAGAGAUUUAUUUUUUUUCUUUUAAUCCUGAUAAAGAAGAUUAUUGGGAAGCUAUUCAAAAUCCCUUAUUGUGAUACAGAUGGAUUUAAAAAAGUGUUAGAUCUUUCCAAUGAACACUAAUAGAGUGCUCUGCUCUUGGUUGGAUUACUCAGAGAAUGGCAGUGGUCUCUGCAAUGUCCUGGGUCCUGUAUUUGUGGAUAAGUGCCUGUGCAAUGCUGCUCUGUCAGGGGUCCCUCCAUCACACUUUCCAGCAGCAUCACCUGCACAGACCAGAAGGAGGAACGUGUGAAGUUAUAGCAGCACACAGAUGCUGUAAUAAGAAUCGAAUUGAGGAAAGAUCACAAACAGUAAAAUGUUCCUGUCUACCUGGGAAAGUGGCUGGGACUACAAGAAACAGACCUUCCUGCGUUGAUGCUUCAAUAGUGAUUGGGAAAUGGUGGUGCGAGAUGGAGCCCUGCCUAGAAGGAGAGGAAUGUAAGACAUUGCCUGAUAAUUCUGGAUGGAUGUGUGCGACUGGCAAUAAAAUCAAGACCACCAGAAUCCAUCCGAGGACCUAACAGAGAGCCGUCUGCAUGGAGACAGUGAAAGCCCUGCUGAUUUAUGAGGACAAAGUAUUGAAAUUUAAAACCAUCUCAGCAUUUACAAGCCAAAUGGAUUCCUUAUUUGCACUUUGACUGUUUACCAGAUAACAACAGUGGCUUUACUCUGUGAAAGAAGGUAUUCAGUGGAAAUAAUGCCCUGAUUUUUGACAGCUGGAAAUAGAAAUGAAGAAGAUGAUUCUUAUGGUAAAUUUUCCAAGAUUGCAAAGUAAAAACAACAGUAUAAGUUUAGAUCUACAAUUUACUUUAUACCAGUUAAAGUAUAUAUAUAUAGAAAUAUAUAUAUAUUAAUAUAUGAUAUUUUGAAAUAAAACCCUCACUCUUCAAGAAACUGAAUAGUACCACACUUUGCUGCAGCUGCUGUAAAUUUUUGUUUCUUUUUUGUAAUGGUCUGGAGGAUCCCUACCUGUUUCAGAGGGCAGUGUGGCAGUGAAGAGGCAAAGCAAACCUGCUGUGGUACAAGGACGCCUAAGAGCUACAUGAAUCCUACCGAUGUGGCAUCCAGAGCUUCCUGUUCCCUUCGGCAGAAUUUCGAGGGCAUUUGUUGUUCCACUUUGUGUUCUGGAGGCUUUUCCCCUUGUGCAAUACUAGCAUGCUGGCUUUGCUUCAUUAACCAUACUUGAUUGAUAUAUAACAACGAUAAUUCUAUCCUCUUCCAAGAAAAUAUUUUUAGAGCUGUAUUCCGUGAAGAAGAGAUGGACAACUACUGAGUGACGUACAGUAUGUAUUAAAAGUUUAUUUGGCAGAGUUUGGUAGACUGUGAGCUCCCUUCUUAUUAAAGAUGUACUGUACAUACAAUGUCUUCGGACUUUGUGUAGCUCGAGACUACAGUAAAAACUCAAUAACCAACUCCAAAGCUUUGCAUUGUUGGCUCACCAAUUCUUUGAAACAACGACAAAGCUAUUUCAUUCCAGGUCAACAUGUGAGAGGGUUUUUACAUACGGUUUGGGGUUUUUGUGAGCCCAUUUGCAAUUGGUCAACAGGCAUUUCAGCUUAAGCAAAUGCCUCUGUGGACACCUCGAGUGCUCAGGCACACCCACACACAAGGGACUGCCUGACUCUGAGCUCUUACCCCACAGCACAUGUGGGAAAAUAAUCUAAAUUUAAGUUUCCCUCAUUGUAGGCCAGGAUAAUUCUCAUUGAGAGCAUUUGCCACCAGCUAAAACAUACACACGUGGGCAUUUCCACAGCACAGCAAACAUACAACAGUUUGUGGUAAGCAAACUGUGACUGAGCCUUGAUUUUGUUUCAGGAAUAGUUUUGUUCAGUUUAAUUUUAAUCUGUUUCUUACUAAGGCGGAUUAGGCUGAGAUGAGAUGCUCUUCAACAAGGAUGCAUCCACAGAGACGUUGAUUUACUCACUGCAAGCAGUUUGAAUUCCCAUUCUAGCUAAGCUGCUGCUGUUCACCAGGCAGCCUGGCCCUGAAGUUGCUGAAGAAAGAUCAGAUCUGAGGGCUGAAAUGUGCAGGCCUUGUUCACAUUUCCAGGCACCUUUUUUGAGCAGUUCAGUUAAUUUCAGGGAGUUUAUUCAUGUGGAAAAGUAUCUUGCUGUCACGCAUAAGGCUGCCCAAUCUACCCUUCAGUACACCUAAUGCUACCAAAUCAAAGGGGGAUAGGGAAUUGUAAAACUUGCUUUAUCCUGUACAGCUUCAUUUCUUUAAUAUUUCCAAUUUCUUUUCAGCCUGCUUACCUGUCUCUCACAGGACCCCUUUGGCCAUGCUAAUCACUUCUAAUCUAACGUAGAUGAAGUGUUGCACUUCCCAACCUUGAGUUGGUCAAAAUUCUCCCGCCAGCUUUCUUUCUCCUUCAGGGCAAUCACUUCAAUCCCUGAUGCUUCAAGAAGCAGAAAUUUGUCACUGUAAUUACCCUGAGCAUUAAAGCAGCUACAUGACGUGUCACGCCAUACUCCAUGCUGACUUUCCACUCUGGGCCCUGCCUGAUGCUCACAGUGGAAAUGGAUAUGCUCUUUCUAAGUACUUCUAUUAUUUCCUCUUCAAAAAGAUAAUGAGAGUGAAAAGCGUCCAAAGAAGAACUUUGGUUUUCUUCUGAGCACAGAAAGACCGCUGUCUGCCCAGUUACCCACAGAUAGGUGUGGUCUCAAACUAAGACCAUUGCACCAGGUGCAGGUUCACCUGCUACAAGGAAGGAGAAAUUCCUCCAAAAUAAAUCCAUAGCAUCUCUCAGUUUUACUAACAACACUUUAAAAACCCUAUGGCCCUCUAGGAAACCCUUGGUGCACUGAGAGGUAGACCCUGCAACUAGGAGGUAAGUUGAUUAAAAGCCAGGAUAUGUUGUCAUCCUUUUACCAGUGGAAAAUGAGACACACAAAGCUGAACGGUAAUUCAAAAUCACAUUGGGGGGAUGAGCAGAAAUUGAGCUUGGCUUUCCUUAUUCCCAAUCUACUGAUACUCUGUAAGAUGACCCACACACAUCAAACCAAGCCAUGGCCUCUUGUAGCCUUUGCCAAAGUCUGAGGUAUUGCCAUUGAGAGGUAUUUACCCCAUAGCAGUGUGUCUGGCAUGGCUCAGGCAGUGAGCAGAUAACAAUGCUUAUGUCCGUGUCUCUAAAAUAUGCCUAUUGAGACUGGGAAAUAUUAGACUUGCUAAAAUAUAAGAAGGAAACGUUGUCAUUACCACAGCAAAGUUUCUUAGAGAUGCUUAGGAAUUUUUCUUUGCCAGUAGGCAGCCUCAAAUAUCACCACACCAAAUUCAGUAAACAUCUGCUUCUCUUUGAAGUUGCUGCAAAAUCUGCUCAUGAAGUGCGGCACUGAGAAAUUGCUGUUUUAAUUAAAAUGUUUUAGAGGGGAAUUAAGGCCUUUGCAAAAAUAAUGACUGAUAAAAUGCGAAGUCCAAUUAAGAGCUGGAUGAAGCUAACCUUCAUUGUUUCAGUGAACCAAACUGAAAAUAAUAAUAAUAAUAAUAAUAAUAAUAACAAUAAUAACAAAAAAAAAGUCAACCAGGAUGGAAUCACACUGAUUGUGUGUUUCAGUGAUAUGCACAGUAACGCACAGUAUGUAUUGGGAGGAUGUUGGAGCUGCUAUUUUGCCUUAGCUAAUGGGAACUGUGUGCAUUUCAGUGCCGGAGCAAAUGCGUCCCACAUCUUCAGGAGAAAGUGAAAGUCAUUAUAUUCUCUGCACAAUGUUAAAGAGUAUUUACAUCAACAGAAAAGAAAGUUAAAGUUCCCACUUUCUGGCAGAAGUCUAGACAGUCAUGUCAGGGAAAAAUGAAAGAUAUUUGUAAAUGCAUUGAAGGUAAACUUAGAUUUAUGUCAGUGUUUCUUCUUCAGAUGUGUGAAACCAAGUUAUGUAAAUCUAAAAUGUACAAGUUGAAAAAAAAUACUGAAAACAAAGAAGUAGCUACCAUCUGCCUAUUGAGUAAGAAAAUCUAGAUUAUGUGCUUCUGUCCAAAAAUCUCUGGUAAUAAAGAGCUCAGUGUGGUAUGAUUUGAUAUCGCUUUGGGUAUGGCACAUGCUAAAUUUGAAGAAACAAGACUCAUGGAGCAAGUGUUUCCUAUAGCCAACAAUUAUGAACAGCAUGAUGUGCACCCAAACUUGGCAUCACACAGAAAAAGGACCAUGAAAAAUUACUGAUGGUGAUAUGGUUUGUGAUGAUUGAUGCUCUUAUCAGACCUAUUGAUCAACCAUGAAGAGAAUUUGCAGGUUCUUUGGGUAGUAUAUUGCUUGCAUAUUUUCCUACUAUAAAAUGAUUAGCGAUGUUCCUAACUCUCCUUAUUUACCACUUUCCUGUUUCAACGUAUGGUCAAAACAUAAUUACAGAUCUUAGAGAAGCUGCAGAGAAGAUAAACGUACCUUGGCUUGGAAAGCACAUCCAUUUCACCUGCAGGUAACAGUCUGUUUCUUCUUCAGUGGCCGGAUGUAUACUGCGGCCUAAAAUGUGCUUCUUCUUUAUCAAUACCUCAGUCACAUCCCAGUAAGCAGGGUUUAGAGCUCACCUGACAAAGAAAUGGGUCAUGCUUCUUUGCUUGGUAUUCUUUUUUUGUAGGAGAAAAAUAGAAACACAUUCCACAAAUAAUCUUUCAGGUAGACAGAAGGAGGUGUGUGAACAGGACAGUUGGUUUAAGGCUGUCAACACUUUUUCUAGUUCACCAGUUUGAAUUCAGAUCAUAGGCCUGACGUAUAUUUAUGGUUUCUUCUCUGAAAUGCUCACACAGUCAAAACACUUAACUUCACAAAUACUUAUACUUUACAAAACUAUGCCGCUCUGAGGAAAAGAAACUGAAUCCUCAGUUUUGCAGGUAGGAAACUGAGACUCAUAAGACUUGAGACCUGCCCAACGUUAUGCUACAAAAACUGCAGCAGAGCCAGCAGUAAAACUGAGGACUCCUGGAUUUUAGGUCAUCAUUGCAGAUGGUUCAUCUACGGUUCACGUCAGUGAAAUCUCAUUGACAGCAAACUCUGGCUUUUAGCUCAGAUCACAGAGAGCAAAAUUAGGGUGCCUGCAGUCAAGUGUGGACAAUUGUCUGCAAGCAGCAACUGCUCAGAGCUUGUUCACCUCCCUUCAGCUGGGAUUUUCAAACCACUGAUGCAAGGAAGACCUAUUCCAACAACUUCUGCUCCCAGAGGGACACAGUCCUGCCCUAGCUUGAUUUCAUGGCUCCCGAGUAGAAGCCUCUUCAAGCCUUUCAGAUCAGAGCAGAAAUGGAAAAGGGUACAGAAAUGGCUGUGCUUAACCGUGAUGGGCUGAAAAAGAGAUGUAGCCAACAGCCCUUGUUUUAGAGGUCAUGAUUUCUCAGAGAUGCCCAUCUAAUAGAAGGAUUUUCAUAUAGAAGUUGACUUUCAACAAAGAAAGCACACAUUCCCCCACACUAGAAAGUGCCUGAACCAGCCAACAAGAAGCACAAAUAACUUGUUCUCAACUAAAACACAUAAGCACCGCUGCCAAGCGAUAAAACACUAAACAGGGUAAAUGAGUCUUUCUUUUUGACAAAUAUUCAUGUGGACACAUUUGGCAGAUCAUUGAUAAAACCUUUUGCUGCUGUUUGACAAGUACCUCUAAUUCCUCAGCAGUCCUCAGAAAUGUACAGAAGUCUUUCCCAUAUGACAGGCCUGGGCAGGACAUCUUUUCAUCCAACACUCGUUGUAUUAUUUUUGUUUUCCCACCAUGCAGCAAAAUGAUCAGAUAUGUAUGACCAGAAACAAUAUUCAUGUUUGAGCAUCAGAUUGCUUACCUGCUUCCCAUUAGUUCUCAUCUGCUUUCAUAAUCAGAUGGCAGUCCUUGAUCUGGUUAGAGACGAGGGCUAGAGGCUCACCUAGAUUGGAAGCAAACUAUCCAUAACCUAACAUAUUGCUCAGAGGAAUAUGCAAUUUCUUCCUCCCACCUGCCAUUCUUCUUCAUUAACUAUUUAAUUUCAUUUUCAUUUCAUUUUAUCUCAUCCCCUUCCUUUCAUACCACUUAAUUAUUUUCAUCCAUCUCUAUUAGUAUGUUAUCACCGCUACUGCCCCACAGUCUAAAAUGAAGGCAGCUGUACUCUCAUGACCCAAUUCAAGGAGCUGUUCCCCUCCAACAGCAGUGAUUUAGGUGAUCUUUCUUCUCCUUUUUCCUGUGUAAUUUGGCAGGCAAGAUCCCAACCUUGCCGCAGCUGCGGUGCCAGCAGCUCCCCAUCUUUGCGCUGUCAACACCAGCAAUCCUCAGCUCGGGGCCACAGGGUCCAUCUCGGGUGUGCCUUAGUGUAAAAACACAGAUGCUCCCAGUACUUGAUUUGCAGUGGAGUUAAUUGUCAGCUCCUCACCUUCACUGAACCUGUGCUGUUUGUUGCUUCUCCUACAGUCUUGUACACCUUGAACAGAACUGAGAACUCAGCACACUGACUAUUGCAGAGUUGCCAUCAGUUUAUGCCUCUCCAAGAGGAAGAUUUGUCACUAUUGAUUUGACCGGAUUUCUCUUGGACUUGAAAUAGACAGUAAAGAACAGGCCAAGUUACUGUUAAAUGCACAGUAUGGGAUGCAAGCACAGACAUGACAGGCUUUUCCUGGGCUUUUUUUUUUCCUGGUCCUCUUUCAGUCACAUUUCCUUUCCGAAAGACUCUGCUUUCCAGAAUUGUACAGAUCUCAUAAUAUGACAUAUAAAGCAGUCCAGAGUUUUUAAAAAUCUGGCACCAAGUCCCUUAGGUCCUGCAAGUCUCUCGCAGACACUGGUAUAAAGCAGCGUACCAGCUAGGGCGUGCCACAGGCUGAAGAUAAAAGUGUUCUUACUCUGUUUCACUGAUCUAAGUCUAGCUUGAAUUUGAAAGAUGGGUACGCGUGAUAAUGGCACUUACAACUUUGCAACACAUUACAACAGUCCAAAUAAAGCUUUCCUACUGAGGCAUAUAACCUUGUUAUAUUUAACUGCUCUUUUAGCGGAGUUUGGUGGCUUUCUUUGGUUCAAAGCUGCUCAAGAGGAACAAUCAGGUUACAAUGCUUUUUCUUGAGCAUCUUGGCUUUUCCCCUUUUCUGUUUGGUCACCAGACUUUCAAAGACAUAUAAAGCUGAGUAGCCACUGCUAUUGCAACUAAGAAUUAUUGUGUUCUGGAUGUGUGCUUUCAAGAGACAGCGUCAAUGAACACUUCAUUCAUUUGGCUUCAUUUUCUUCUGACCUUGACUUCUAAGAACUAAUGGGCUUAAAUCAGCACAAAGAGUGACCGGAUGGUAAAAAAAGGUGGAAAAUCACAGUAUCACUAAUUGGUAUGCCCUUGCACUGCUUUGUCCUGAGCUGGCACAGGAGAAAGGGAAGACUUAGAAAGACAAGGGCAGGGGUGUAAGUCUGGCACCCAAAGCCCCAAAUCUGUUACGAGCCUACAGUGGCCUUUCACGCUUAGCUGUGCCGAGAUGUGAUUAUUGUAAGAAUAUCACAUUCUGUGUUAGCUUUUCUCUCAGUACCUGAUUUCUAAAUAUUAUUAUAGCCUAUCUCCUUUUCAGCCCGUCUCCACUCUGCCUUUGUCCUAGGCAGAGAAAAUGAUAUUCUGCUCACACAAAAGCUUAUUCUUUUACUUAACAUACAAAACAACAAAGAAGAUAAGAAUCCAUUGGUCUUAUUUAGCAAAAGCUAAUCUCAUCACUUGCUUCACUGUGGGAUUAUAAACAGUAUACCAACCUAUUCCCAUAACUGAAACACCCUUUUUUAUAUCCCACCUUUUUUUUUUCAUGUCAGAAAACUUUUGUUUACAGCUUUAGCUCCUUUAACCUGUUUCUAACUCUGACUUGAGCAGAAUUGAAUGGAGAUUUUAAAAUGGUGUGCACAGUCUUACCAUUUUUUCCUAUAAGUGUUGUGUCCGUAUAGUAAGUGACUUGAUCUCGUAGUGCUCUUUCCAGCAGCAUCAUGUCAACACCACCUCUGGGUAACAGAAACUGAAGCAGUCCAUUCUGUAUUGAUAGUCUACCCAUUCAUAUAGCUUAUAAAUUAAAAUACAUGUUAAAGAGGUUUAAUAUUCAAUGCUAGUUUUUAACCUUUAGUCGCUGACCUCAAGGGAGGGUAGAGCAAAAUGUCACCAGUGCCCAGUAGGGUCAGGAGAAAGACAGGAACCGGGGCAAAAUAGGAAAGUUACCCACACACAUAGACUUAACCGCCACCUAGAAAGAUUCUCCGACUGAAGUUACUGACUUCAUCCCAGCACACUGAACAGUAAAGGUCAACACCUGUUUUCUGCCUGAAUAUAUUAGAUUCCUUCAUAAGUGGAUUUGCUCCACAGUAGCUGCUGGUUAAUUAUGUUGCUUUGUGGACCCCAUUACUGAGUUUAAAAUGUCUUCUUUUUUCCCCAAUAAUUAUUUUUGUUGUGGCCUUUGGGACUGCUUGUUACAUAUGAUCUAUGAGACCUUGAAGUUAAACACAGCCCUCAAAAGCUUUUCAACAUGUCACAGUGGUUUUUCUCAACAAUAACAUCUUGACUGAGCAUCUAGCAGCAAACUACAAAAAAUACUUCUGAUGGGAUCACAAUGCAUCCAUUUCUCCACUAUGUAAUAAAGCUGUGAAGGAAAAUAAAAAUGACAGGAUUUCUUACAGUCAGGGCUACUUAUGAUCUGGGGGCAAAGUAAGAAAGAGCAGCACAAAACUUUAAAAAUGUUUUAGCACAUAGUUGUCAUUGAUUUCUAUUUCAUGUACUCCUCUCUUAAUAGACUCCUGACAUCUACCUGGAGACUACAGUAACUGUGCUUUGAAGCACCUCCUGUAGCUGUACCAUUUGAAGCCUUGACACUUGCAAAGGAGCCCUAAAAGCCAACCGCACCACGUUGUGUGAGUGUAGACCUAGUCAGUGUGUUGCUGUCUCCAGUUUCUCUUUCAACUGCUGCCCUUAUGCUCCCAGCAGAAUUUGACCAGAAGAGCUAUGGGAGAGUUGUUCUCCGCAAAUUGCUGUGAGACAUGAAAGUCAUCUUAUGCCUGAAUAAUUAAGGCACUCAUCUUCACCAACAGCCUGUUGCUUUCUGUACUGCUCAUUAACCUGCAGCAGUCCUGUUUAAAAUGAUCUAAUUAGUCCCUCCUAAUCAAAGGCAGUGGUUUGGGAGAAGAAUUGAAAAAUGGAAGUUCACAACAGGUAAAGUUCUUGAUCAGGAUUAUUACCAUUUUUUCAAAUCAAACCCAGCGUUUGCAUAAUGAGGAUUUCUGGGAAGAUACAGUCUAUCACAUAGGAAAAACAGUUGUUCAUCACUAAUUGAGUCUGUUCUUCUCAGAGGCUUUUUCACAGACACCUAGAAUCAGGUUUUCCAAGCACAUACAUGCCUAGCAUUAAGUUAAAUGAAAACUGAAGAACUGACCUGAAAGCAAAGAUUACCAACCUUAACUUUCAAUUUAUCAGAACCUUGCCAUGAUUUAAACACAGGUUGCUCUGCUGAAAUACGGAGAGUUCCCACCUGCAGCUCUCAGUUUUUUUCAGUGCCCUGCAAUGCACGCUCUAACCUGACAGCAAAAUAAUACUCAUGCAAAAUACCCUUCGCACCUCAGUGGUAACUUCCCUCAGCAGCCAGCACCGAGAUGCCCCUAAACACAGGUGAGCCCCCUGCACAUAACCCAACAUCCUUCAGUGUGAACAAUACUGGAUAUGCAUUUUCAAGUUUAUUCAGUAUAGAGGCAAAACAGACUCAUAAAGGGCGUAAACUGAUACUAAAAGCAGUGCCUGAACAGCAGAAGAUCCACAUCGCGUAGAUGUGUAUAAAGAGAGCAUAUACAAUGGCUAUGCUGAUCAUUUCCUUAGGAUUUAGAGAAAUGAGCAACUUUAGCUUUACAGACUUCAUGGUUGCUUGAUCUCACUACAGUAAACAGCUCCAUAUUUUUCCUUUUCAUGUUCUAUCCUGAAGCAACAGAGCAUUACAUUAAUUGACUUGUCUUAUUAAUUCAAUAAGCUGCUUCCAAGAUGAAAUGCUUAGCUAUGCUUGCUUGUUUUUGGCACUUUUUUGGUUGUUGGAAGAAAAGCUUUAAGGCUAGAAUUGCUCUGAUGUUUUCCACAGUUCACUGAAUAAUUUUAUGCACUACUGAAGAUUUGCCACAUUUGGAAUUACUGCAAACUGCUACUUUUUCAUCAUAUUAUAAUUUAAUUCUCACUUUUAGUAUGAUAAGAAAACAUUUAACAGUUUGCGUAUUAGAGAAGUGUAUUUGUUCUGCUAUAAAGUUGUUGUUAAGAAUUCAUUAUGGGUCACUCCUUUCUAGGAUUUAUCAUUGGGACUUAAGAUGCAUUUAGAAGAUUAAAGAUGACAUAGAAACCACCCCAUUCAAAUGAAUUAUAAGCAAGAGAAUUUAGGGAGAAAAUGUUGACCUUGCUGUAAAUAUAUAGCAAAAAUAUUUUACUGUGAACUUGAAUAAGAUUGAGACUUGUUUUACUAUUUCAGGAAGUUAUGGUAGGGGAGGUGAAUGUAUUUUAAACUUUAAGAACCUUGAAUGCCAAUAAAGUGACACAACAUUCCUUAAGGGGAAAAUAUUCAUAUAAAGAUGUGGAUUGUUAAAUUUCAGCUUCUUUAGGAAACAUGAAGUUUGCCUUUCAGCUGGUGAGAAAGCUGAUUUUUAUUUUUUGUUUGUCCAUAAACUGGGAGAAAAUGAAAUUUCAGUUUUUCACUGAGCUUGUUCUAUUUAAAGAAGACUAGCCAGGGACUGUCAAUGCUCUUUCCUUUGAAAAUUCUCCUUCCAUCCAUUGCCCAGCUCUGGGCGGUGCCUAUAUGGCCCAUUUGGAAGCAAGGUAGAACACGGUCAUGCCUGCUCAACACAUGGCACGCACCUUGGAGUGGCACAAGCAUCCCUUGGCUCUCCAUGUCUCAUGGAAGUUCCUGGCACAGCAUGAGCUAUUCCCCUAGAAGUAAAACUCCCUCUCUAUGUUAUUUCUUGGAGUUGUAGUGGAAGCUUCCAGUGAAGCCUCUAAGGUGAUGUGCCUGCAGGGUGAGUUCUCUCCUCCUGCCUUCAUGUUCCAAGGGGCUAUGGGCACCUCCAGCCUCUCUGACGAGGAAAGCCCUCAUUGGUUAUUGCUUCCCAACCUGUAGGUAGUACAAGUCCCUCAGUCCCUGCUCCACUGCAUAGCACUCACCAGAGCUCCUUGCAGAGCUGCUGGAGAUAGCACUGCGUUUAGCUGCUUCAGGAGUGAUAGCGGGGCUGAGCUGAGCUGAGCUGCUGCAAACAGGGAGAAAGAGAG